GGCGGAAUCAGCGCAGCAGCAUCUGGCAGCUCGAUUUUUUGGGAGAAAUUUGCAUAUAUCUGUCAGUCUAAAGUUAACAUUUUGUUAACUCGCUCUUUAAAAGAUGCAGCAGGACGACACGUUGUUGCACAUUGCAAACUUCAGCACGCUGUUUGUGUGCAUGGUGCUCAAAUUCCCGCAGAUCUUUGUACUGAUGCGAGCGAAGUCUACGAGCGGAGUGAGCCUCAACAGUCUUCUUCUGGAGCUGAUCGGGUUCAUUGUUUUUGUAACAUAUCAGAUGUACUAUGACUACCCACCUCCAACCUACUUGGAAUAUCCCAUCCUCAUUGCUCAGGACGUCAUCCUCCUCCUGCUGAUUCUUCACUACAACGGCAGCCUGCGGCAGAGUCUCAUCUACACCUUAGUGUUUGUGGGAGGCUGGAGGCUCCUGACUCUGGAGAAGUGGAUCAUAGAUUUGGCUAUGAGCCUGUGCACAUUCAUUAGUGCAGCCAGUAAGGUUGCCCAGCUGCAAUGCCUGUGGAAGUCCAAGGAUGGCAGGCAGGUUAGCGCCCUCUCCUGGGCUCUGGCUACCUACACGUGUAUGGCUCGGAUUUACACCACCACAGUGACAACUGGAGACGUGCAGGUUCUGGUGCGGUUCGUAGCGAUGACCUUGCUGAACCUGUGGGUGCUGCUCACUGUGCUCUACUACCAGAGACAUGGCAGCAGCAGCAGCUCCAAGAAAGAAGACUAAUUAUUUAAUGCUGGAUCCCAGAGAUCAGAGUUAACUGGGUCACUUUAGGCUCAACCAAUACUGUAAACGGGUAACAACAGUUAAAUCCACACAUCACUUUCAGAAACAUUCCAGUUUGUUCUAACAGACCAACACUUUGUCAUACCGUCUGUGCAAAAAUGUGUUCGUAGACAGGACAAAGUAAAUGUGAAAUAUUUCUAUUCAGGAGAAACUGUUUUAGAAAAGCUUUUAUAUAUGUAGUUAUUUUCUGGACUGUUCUAAUAAACCAAAUAUUCUACCUUUUAA